AUGGAAAAAAUUUUGAAGCCACUUGGGUGUGAAGUUCGUGGAGUUGACUUAAAAACUGAAAAUAGACCUGAAAUUAUUAAACAGAUAAAGGAAGAUGUUACUGAACAUAGAAUCUUAAUAUUUAAAGAUCAAGGAAUCGUAAGUGGUGAUAGGCAUGUCGAGAUCAGUCGUUGGUUUGGAGAAUUAGAAUCUACAUUCUACAAACAUCCGAAAUCACCUCACCCUGAUGUUUUUCGAGUAUCUAAUGAUAAAAAUGAAGGAUGUACAAAUGUUGGGAGAUCUGGUUGGCACAUAGAUGGAACAUUCCAACCAGCACCAUUUAGUUAUUCUUUAUAUCAUAUGGAGUCAGUACCUAAAGAGGGACAUACAUUAUUUAUUCCACUGACCGAAUUAAUUGAAAGUUUGGAUAAAGAUACUUUUGACACUUGGAAUAAAGCUUGGAUGCUCAGUGAUAGAAGAUCAUCACCUAUCCAUCCACUGAUAUAUAGUCAUCCUCAAACAGGCAAACCGGUAUUGUGCUUUCAUUUGGGAAUGACUACUGGUUUUAUUUGGAACUAUAAACUUCCAUCAGAAGCAACUGCUAGUCGUGAAGAAUACAAAGCACUUUUAAAAUCAAUAGACAGUAAAAUCAAUCAAGAUAAUGGAAAGUAUAUAUAUGUACACAAGUGGGAACCAGGCGAUUUCAUUAUAUCUGACAACUUAGCAGUUGGACAUUUUGCUCAUUCAAGUACACAGGCACCCAGAAGUGAAGUUGGCCUCAGAGUACUACAUAGAACUACUAUUAAAGGAACAACUCCACCAAAGAAAUAA